UCAUAUUCAACUUCUCAUCUCGCUAUAUAUAAAUCCAUUAAAGCUCGACAUAUUAUUCUACUCCUCAUUUCUCUCUAUAUGAAAAUCCAUCAAAGCUCUACCUAUUCCAAAAUUUCUAUCUAAUCUAAACAUCUCAUAAAGACUUUGACUGGAUGGGUGAGAUGGCGGCGCUUUGGAGUACUUUUGAAGAGCAGGUUUCGUUCUUUGGAGAAAAUAAUCCAGAAAUGGAGCAGCUGGGGCAGAAGCUUCUGUACACCACACUCGAACUUGAGAAGGUAAAAUCAGAAGGUUUAGAGGAGAUUCGUAAAAACAAGGAAUACAUACGUGAGCUAAUCCACCUCCUCCACUACGCCAUUCACGAGAGAGACGAAGCCAAGAAACAGCUGCAAGACAUCAUCAAACAAAACUCCGAAUCCAACAGCCUCAACUCGUCUCCCCAAAGCCCUGUUGUUUUGAACGGCAAUUCAGUUUUUUUGGGCCCAGGCCCAGUUGAUCUGGACCGCCUCAUCCGUGGACGGGCCCUGCCCCAGAAGGGGAAAUUCCUUGACGCGGUGCUUCGGGCUGGGCCUCUCCUGCAGACGCUGCUGCUGGCGGGCCCACUUCCGAGAUGGCGUAACCCGCCACAGUAUCAGCCGCAUCAGAAUCAGAUGAUGACACUGCCAUUGCCAUUCCCAAACUCAGAUCGUUGUUCGCUUGGAAUCAAUGUUUACACGCCUUCUGCCAAGAGGCAGAGGUUCGGUUGAGACUUCUUUCAGCUUUUGUAAAAAUAGAUAAUAUUUGUAGGCUGGGGAAUUUGGGGGGUGUGUAAAUCGCAAAGACAUUCAUUNUUU